AUGAAGUCAAUAUUCACCUAUGCAGAGCAGCCUCAAGGCUUACUUUUUUGAAAAGAGCUGGAAGAACCCGAGACUCCAAUCUCUUCAAGAAUUAUUCAUAGUGGUCCGUUAACCGAAUUAACCCCUCUUCAUAAAUUUAAAAAACGAUACUUUGCAAUAACAAAAGACUCACUUUUAAAAGCCAAAACUGAAUCGUCUGAAUAUACAAAAGUAUCUAAGAUCGAAUGAAAAACAAUUGAGCCAUUUAUUGAAGAAAAUGAAGAAGAAAGGUACUACGGCUUUCAAAUUAUUCAAGGGAUAGUUCAAAGACAUUUUUAUGUAAAAUCUUCAAAAGAGUUAGAUGUUUGACUCUCUUACUUGUCCAGAGUUGGAAUUAUGACAGAUAUUAGAAAUGAUUUCAAUUUUAAGAAGUCAAUAGGGACUUCGCAUUCUUCUAAUUUAUACCUUGCAACUGACCUUGAAAAUAACAGAGAUUAUGCAAUUAAAUGCAUCCCAAAACGCCAAAUAAGAAAAGAGUCUGUGCUUAGCUCAAUAAUAAAUGAAAUCACUAUUCUCAGGACUCUAAAUCACCCAUUUAUUACUAAGCUCCAUAAAGUUUAUGAAAGUAGCAACUAUAUACAUUUAGUUCUAGACCACGCUCCAGGAGGUAACUUAGCCCAACGAAUUCAAAACAAGGGUCCAUUACCAGAAGUUAAGGCAGCUAGAUUAAUCAAAAAUCUGCUAGAGGUGCUUGAGUACCUUGACUCAAUGAAUGUUGUGCAUCGAGAUAUUCAAUUGGAAAAUAUUUUUCUAAUAUCUGAGAAAAGUGAUAGCGAUUUUAUUUUGGGUGAUUGCGAGUUCGCAUUUUUUAGUAAUGCGGAAACAAAUCAAUCUUUUGUCACUCCAGGCUACGCAGCUCCAGAAAUGGUCCAACGAAUGGCAUAUGGAUCUAAGGUUGAUGUGUUUAGUGUAGGAAUCAUUUUGUACUUUGUCCUUUCAGGAAUAACUAAAUGGACAGAAAAAAUUCGAAAUGAAAUGGUUCAGCAAGUCGGAUAUAUCAGCACUAUCUUUUGCGGCUCACAAUGGAAAAAUAUUUCGAGCGAUGCCAAAAAGAUGGUUUUGAAACUAAUUCGAUAUAAACCAAGUCAAAGGCCAAGUCCAACAGAAGCACUUACAAGCAAGUGGUUUACUAAAUGCGAGAAAAAGAGCUUAACUGAGAGACGUAAAAAAACAAUUAUCGUUCACACAAAAGUUCAAUCAUAUCGGGAGUACAAAGAAACAAAAGAAACCAAUAUUGAAACCAACAAUGAAGACGAUUUUGUCAAAAGAGGACUUUCUAGCAAAAUUAAAGAUGUGCUUAAAGUCUUCGUUGAAAGAAAUAUGGAACAGCUUAAUCAUUCAAAAAGCUACAACUCUAAUAUAUCUGUAUCAGAGGCAGUGAAAUAA